AUGAUUUUGGAGAACUUCGCUGCAGCCGUUCCUGGUCAUCGCUGCUGGGUGAACAUCCUUGACAAUGACAUAGUCGCUGAUAAUGAUACUGGGAUCCUCAGCCCUGAGGCCCUCCUCAGAAUCUCCAUCGCAUUGAACUCAGAAUCGAGGCCAGAGAAAUGUCAGCGCUUGAUCCAUCCCCAGUGGCAGCUUCUUCAUCUGAAUGGAACCUUCACCAACAUGACUGAGCCAGACACAGAGGCCUGUCUGGAUGGCUGGGUUUAUGACCAAAGCUCCUUCCUCUCUACCAUUGUGUCUGAGUGGGACCUCGUAUGUAAUUAUCAGUCACAGAGAUCAGUUGUUCAAUUCCUAUUCAUGGCUGGAAUGUUGGUGGGAGGCUUCAUAUACGGCCAUCUCUCGGACAGGUGA